AUGAAUAAGAAUUUUUAUUCUCUUGCUGUUGACGCGGGGGGUUAUGAUAAUUUGGCUUUUCAAGAGAAAGAUUGUAGGAAUUUCAUUGACAAAGCUAGAUAUUUAAGGUUGGGUAAAGGAGGUAGCGAUGCACUUAAUGAGUACUUCAAAAGAAUGAGAGAUCAGAAUGAUGGUUUUGUUUCCUACAUGGACGUGAAUGAUGAUGGAAGGCUACGGAAUGUGUUUUGGGCUGAUGCACGAAGUCGAGCCGCCUAUGAGUAUUUUGGAGAUGUUGUAUCCUUCGAUACAACGUACCUAACAAAUAGGUACGGUAUGCCGUUUGCUCCAUUCGUUGGUGUUAACCAUUAUGGCCAGUCCAUACUAUUCGGGGCGGGAUUGCUAUCAAGCGAGGACACACAUAGUUUUGUUUGGUUAUUCCGAAUGUGGUUGGAUUGCAUGAAGGGUAGGGCGCCAAAAGCUAUCAUAACCGACCAAGAUAGAGCGAUGAAGAAUGCUAUUGCUACUGUAUUCCCUGAAACUCGCCAUCGAUAUUAUUUAUGGCAUAUAAUGCGCAAACUUCCAGAGAAGUUAGGAUCGCACGCCAAAUUCAACUAUGGGUUGAAGACGGACAUUCAGUCUUCAUUAUAUGAUUCACAGACCACCACAGAAUUUGAGGAGCGUUGGGGUCAACUACUUGCAAAAUAUGAUCUGCUUGGCAACAAUUGGCUUCAGUCCUUAUAUGAGGAAAGGUCCUUUUGGGUUCCAGUUUUCCUCAAGAGUGUAUUUUGGGCUGGUAUGAGCACAACGCAAAGGUCCGAAAGUAUGAAUGCAUUCUUUGACGGGUAUGUCCAUGCUGGGACGACAUUGAAGGAAUUUGUGGACCAAUUCGAUAAUGCUCUUAGAAAGAAAGUGGAGGUCGAGACAACGGCUGAUUUCAAUUCUAACAACCAAACUAUCCCCUGCAUCUCUCCUUUCAACAUUGAGAAGCAGUUUCAAAAAGUCUACACGAAUGCAAAGUUUAAGGAGGUCCAAAGAGAGUUGAUGUGCCUAAUGUGUUGUAAUUGUUGGUUGGUAAGCACACAAGGGUGCAUUUUAACAUUUGAUGUGUUGGAUGAAAUAGCGUUUGAUGAGCAAACCAAAAGAGUUCAUUACUCAGUUUACUAUAACGAAGAUGAGUGUGAGGUAAAAUGCACUUGUGGAUUGUUUGAGAUGAGGGGAAUUAUAUGUAAGCAUGCACUUAGAGUUUGUCAGUUGAAAAAUAUUAAUGUGCUGCCAGAUGUAUAUUUCCUAGAUCGACGGAGAAAGGACUUAAAGAGGCAUUACACAUUAAUCAGAAGUAGUUAUGAUGACCUGCGGGGUAGUUCAGACACGCGUAAUUACCAGCUUAUGAUCCAAAGAUGUUCGAAAUUAGCAGCAAAAAUAUCCUCAAACAUUGACAAAGUCCAUGCAUUUCUGCACUAUGUUGACGAGUUUGAUAAAACAUGUGAAGGUUCAACGUGUGACUCGACAUUCCAAUCAAAUAAGGCCAACCCAAUGGUGGUGUUGGAUAAGGAUAAGGGAGGAGGUUUUUUGGAUGGAUUAUUGCCAUUUGGACAAGCAAGAGUGCCAUUAAGCUCCAACAAUGUGUUUUGGUAUCUACAUAAGUUUGGAGAUAUCUCAAAAAUCAUCCCCGAUGAAGAGGCAGACAUUGUUGUUCUCGAGGAGCCUGAGCAUCUGACAUGGUUUCAUCAUGGAAAGCGAUGGAAGAUUAAAUUCCGAGUGGUUGGUAUGAUUAUUCACACUAACUAUUUGGAAUAUGUGAGGAGAGAGAAGAAAGGAAUGCAAGCAUUGAUUCUCAAAAUCUUAAAUAGCUGGCUUGUUGGUAUCUAUUGCCACAAGGUAUGCAGUGAUUUUUCUGCUAUAUAUGGAAACUGGAAAGGCCGUUUUAUUAUUGGUUAUAAGUAUCAAGUUUGCAGUGGGGCUGUAUGCACUUUGCUUUCUGGCAGUGGACCUUCCUACUCUUACAUAAUGGUGGAAAAACCUAUUGUUAAUGAUAGGUUUUUCUAA